AUGGGCAUCUCUAGAGAAUAUAAGGUUGUCCUUAUCGGUGAUGAUUGUGAGUACAUGGAUCAUCCCUUUAUUCUAGCAGCACCUUAAUUAACCGUACAUAACAGAGGUUGGGGCAAUGACAUUAUCUCUUCAGUUCCUUCAUGGUCCUUACCUGGAUUAUAUCAACCCUGGCUAUCAUUCAAUGUGGCACAGAUAUUUCUCACAAGAGCUGCAUGAUUGAUGAUGAGCCCACACUGAUCGAUGUAUAUCAAGUAUCUAACAAGUUUGGCAUCAUGAGGGAACAGUGGAUAUGUGUCAGCAAAGGAUUUCUCUUGGUCUACUCCAUCACAUCUCGAAAAUCAUUUGAAGAAAUUAAUGCUUUCUAUGCAUGGAUUUCUCAAGUGAAGUUGGAUGAAGACACCUUCCCUUGUAUCAUCCUUGUAGCCAACAAAUUUAGCACUAAAGGUACCCCUCCCCCAUCUUCAACCCAAGACAGUACUCUGAUGCCCAUGCGUCGAUGCAGAGGGCCGCAAGCUUGCCAAUAUAUUGAAAUGUCUGGAAAGCAGCAGAUCAAUGUCGACAAGGUUUUCAACAAUCUUGUCCAUGUAAUCAGGAAAUACGACAAGGCUGAGGAAUGAGCUCAUCAACCUUACACGAUAUCGGGUCCUUCCCAUAGCCAGCAUGAUACAAAGGUAAAUGAAGAGUGAACCAAACACCAAACUGGUAACUCCUCACCCAUCUGGUAUGAAGGUAGACAAGGAGAGAACCCCAGAACCUCAGUGCAUCGUAGCCUGAUUCUUUUCUCCUGCAUUGCAUCCCCCAUCUGUCACAUUCAAUUUGUCUGGUCAUUGGUUUUCCCAGCCUUCGAACCCUUU